AAUUGACUGCCAGAUAUUAAAGUUAAAGUAAUAAAAUAAAAUUGUUGGUAAGUUAAGAGUUGGAUUUAGACGAAACACUGGUACUCAAGCAAGUGGCUGAUUUUGAUUUAAGUUUACGAAGCGUCUGUUUGGACCCGGAAAAGAGUGUGUUGGGUUUAUUUUAUUAUUAUUUAAAACAAAUAUUUAAAAUAUUAUUGUUAGGCUGGGUUUGUAAGACAAAAUUUGGUAUCAAAUGAAAGAUAAUGAUAAUUGAAUAGACCUUUAGCCUUUUUUAGUCUAAAUUACUCUAAAUUGCCGCUAUUCUAACCCAGGUCCCUACUUUAGACUGAAUGUCUUUCGGAAGUCAUUUGUGGUAGUUUAUUUUAGUAAAACUGAAGUAGUAAGUUUACAAACAUAGCCUAGCAUAAGCUCAUAUAGUAUAGUAUAGUCAAUUAAUUGACUUAACUUAUGACGUGACUAUGGGCCGUGGCUAAAUUUUUAAUAAUUAAUAACAAUAUUUUUUAGAUUAACUUACUUUCAACUUUACUUUUUAAGAACUAACUUAACUAAGACUAAGAUAAGAAAGAGUGUUAGAGUUAGGAUGAUAAGAAGAACUUGUGCCUAUUACUUGAACAUGUGUAGACUUUUGAUUUGGGCCUACAGGUAGGCUAUGGCUACAGUUACAGUUGUAAGGAGAGAUACUGCAAUCAGGUUAGCAAAUAGGAAAUGAGUAAAACAAAGUGAGGUUAAACCUGAAAAAAGGAACGCAACAAAAUAACGAACGUGUUGGCAGGAAACAGGUGUUAAGGUGCCAUGCCCAUAGGUCAGGGUAAGCUUGUGUUCCAAAUUCACCCGGCUGGGUGUGUUAGUGCUAGUCAUGAUCACACUUAUUAUAAAAUCUGCCUUGCCCUGGUGGUAGCUCUAUUGAAGUGUUUAGAGGUUGGACACUGUUUAUCUUGAGUAAUAUUACGGAGGUGUUCAGUACACCUGUCAGAGAGACGGCGUCCUGUCUGCCCUAUGUAUGACAUCUGGAAGCGGGCACCAACAAUGGCGUAAGACAACAUUGCAGCUAGUACAAAGGAAACAAUAGCAUAUCUGAAAACUGCCUUUUCGGAAGCAUAUGUGUUGAGUAGCCCAUCAUAGCCUCACUGCCAACUCACAUCAAGGACACCAACCAUGCUUUAAAAACCUUCGAAUCUAUCAUAAUCCCUCCUGAAACGAAACAUCAUCUUUUUCUUCUUGAUGUAUGUUCUCAAUACACUUGUAUCCCCCACACUGAUGGUCUCUUAGCUCUCAUCUGUAAUUUUUAAUUUUGCACAGUACUUGUAUAAUAGUUGUAAUUGGGAUUGUAGUGUAAUUUGCAAAUAAGAUCUCUGCCAUUGUAAUUUUAUCUGAUAUAUUAUUAUUAUCUACAUUAUAAGUCUGAGAAAAGAAGGAUUUAAUAGAGUUAGAAUCUACAUUCAUCAUCUCAAAAUUUCAUUUCUGCAACUAUGUUUUAAAUUCAUGCAAUGUUCCCCUUGAUGAAGCAUCAAUUCUUCCAGGGUACUGGCUCAGCCAUUCACUUGAGUUCCCCCAAAACGUGUCUUGAUUCCAACUAUGAUUUUUGGUCAUCUAAUUCUCAGCAAAAGCGCUAUUUAACAACAAACUAAGUGACAUUUAAAAACAAACUUAACGAUCUUUAAGAACAAAUUAAGCGAUCUUUAAGAACAAACUAAACGACCUUUAAAAACAAAUAAAAUGAUCAUUAAAAACAAAUAAAGCGAUCUUUAAGAACAAAUUAAGCGAUCUUUGAGAACAAACUAAACGAUAUUUAACAAAAAACUAAGCCCCAUUUAAGAACAAACUAAAUGAUCUUUAAAACAAACCAAGCGAUCUUUAAGAACAAUCUAAGCCAUCUUUAAUAAAAACUAAACGAUCUUAAAGAAAAAAACUAAGCAAUUUUUAAGAACGAACUACAUGAUCUUUUGAGAACAAAACAAAUGAUCUUUAAUAGUAAACUAAAUGAUUUAUAAGAAUAAACUAAGCGAUCUAUAAUAGAAAACUAAAUGUUCUUUAGGAACAAACUAAAUGAUCUUUAAGAACAAACUAAUCGAUCUUAAGGAACAAAAUCAAUGAUCUAUAAGAACAAACUAAGCGAUCUUUAUGAAAAAACUAAGCGAUCUUGAACAACUAAAUACGUGAUCUUUAAGAACAAACUAAGCGAUUUUCAAUAACAAACUAAAAGAUCUAUACAAACAAACUAAUUGAUCUUUAAGGACAAACUGAUUGAUCUUUAAGAACAACUAAAUGAUAUUUAAGAACAAAAUCAAUGAUCUUUAAGAACAAACUAGCCAUCUUUUUUGAACAAACUAAAUGAUCUUUAAUAACAAACUAAAAGAUCUUUUAACAAGAACUAAGCGAUCUUAAAAAAAAAAAAAAUUUUUAACAAUAAACUAAGCGAUCUUUAUGAACAAACUAACUGAUCUUUAAGAACAAAUAAAGCGAUCAUUAACAAAAAACUGAACAAACUUUAACAACAAACUAAGCGAUCUUUAAGAACAAACUAAACGAUCUUCAACAGCAAGAUGUUAUAUUAGAUUUUUAUUUAUUAAUAUUCAUGAUUAUCUCAUUUUUUAUAAAAAGAAUGUAAAUAUUUAAACUUUCCCCCAUUAUUUUCGAUGUAUGCAGAAUGUAUGCGGGAACGAAUUUCACAAUAUCUAAAUAUUCCGGCUUUGGUUUCGGCCGAAAGUCAUUUUUAACUUUCGUUUUUUUCGGUUUCAGCCGAAAGUCAUUUUAAACUUUCGGCCCAUUUUCGGCUUUGGCCGAAAUCAGAAAAUCACUUUUGGUCGGUCUCUAAUGAUAACAUUAAUUGCGGCCUUGUAAUUUGAUAUUAAUUGUGGCUGAUAAUUUGUUUUUGUGUGAAUGUUUAAAUGUCUAUUUUGAAUAUCUUCUUUUUAACUUCAGAUAACCUCAGUUAUUUUGCUAACUUAUGUUUUCCCAUAUUAUUGGAAGCUGGAUUAUAUUUUGAAAAAAAUGGGAAUAAAUUCCUUAGCAAAUAUCAUAUUUGAAGUACAAAAACAACAAAGAAAACAACAAAAGACCAGGAAAAGCAGUAAAACAUUUUAAAAGAAGAUCAAUUUUAAUCAACCUAUACUGUAUUCUACACUACUUAGUACCGGUACAUAGAGUUUACAUAUAUUUUCAAUAGGAAGUAUGGGCCUGCUUUUUGCUAAUGAAAUGCUCAAUGUAAGGAUUCUUAUUUGUCAAUGCUAGUCAUAAUAAGGAAUGCAAGUGUGCAUCAGUUAGUCUGAUCUGGUUGGAGAUUUCAGAUGUUUCAUUCAAGGAAAAUUUAUGUUUACAGACAUAGGGGCUGCCAAAGAUAGUUCCCAUUUUAAGUGUAUAUCUCCUGAGAUUAAAGUGAGAUUAUGAGGGGAGAGAUGUAAAGAAAUGAGUAAGGCUGCUUCACUUUAAUGUGUGUUUCAUAUGGUCACUAUUCUGUGUUUUGGUUGAUUCCAUUUGAUAAAGGGAUCAAUUUCAAGGAUAACAGAAAAAAUUAAUGGCCUUUUCAUGGAAAUAAAUCUAUCUAUUUACAGAAUAUCUUCAUGACAACAUUCAGCUCUGAUAUAAAUUAAAUUCAUUGAUGUUGUCUGUGGUUUAUUGCAGGGUUUGGCAAUCUACUGCCCACUGGGUCUUUAGUAAUUUUGUAGUUUCAGAGUAGGCAUCAAACAACGUCAGAGGAUGACAUUUUCAAAGAGGUAAACAAAUCAAUUGCUCAAUAUCAUUUUGAUUGAAGUAAAUCAAAAUGGAAGUACAUAACAACAGAUGGUGCUGUUUAAACUGUUGCCAGUUGCAAGCAAAUGGUUCUACAUUGCAAUAUUCAGCAAUGCUUCUUCUUCUUCUUCUUUGCCUUUUCAACCCACAUUGGAGCAUAGACCAUUAGCAAUUUUUUUCCAAGCCUUCCAGUCUCUAGUUAUCUUCUAACUCACACUUUCCAACUUUUUCCAAUCUUAAAUACGUCUUUGUUAAAAUCUCCACAUCAGUGGUUUUGGGUCUUGCUAUUCCUCAGCAACAGGUAUUGUGUGGAAAAUAUCUAGAUUUAGGACUUGUGUCUUGUAACCUAUGGAUUCAUACUAAACUUUAUUGAAACCGAUGGCCUCAGUCUUUGUCAGUUAACUUAGAGUUAACUUACCUCACAUCUGUUAGGUUGCUCAGAUGUGGAAAGUUUUUGUCCCGAUUUUUGAGCUGAGAGCUGAUUUUAAGAUUUAUUUGAUCGAAGUUAUAUUUUCUACUGAUAUUACUAAACAUAUGAAUGAAUUGAAUCUCACUCUCAGAUUAGAAGCUAUCUCCAACAAUUACACCUAUGUGAAUGUUUUCGGGAAAAACAAAUACUUUUCAAGCCCCAGUAGAUGAGGAGUUGCUUUACUCCAUCUCCACUCUGUGAAAAAUUGGCACAGUAAGCAACGUGUUCAUUCCUCACAUGAGUUUAACAAGGAAUGCUUAAUCAUUGGAUAUUACAUUUUCAGAAAUGUUUGUACAAAAUAGAUGAAAAUGAAAAAAAAAUUAUAAUUAUAAAAAUUUUACACCCUGAUUGAUUUUGGUGCUGAUGAGUGAUCUAGACUUCUAAAAGUAGCUCCAUGGUGAUUACUUUUCUCAUGCAAAAGCUUUUGUUCGUGAAUUCAUUUCACAGUUUUUUUGACAUUACCUACUUUUGUGAGAACAUAUUUUAUAGAAAGAAAUAUUAAAUGUGUUAAAGAGCAUACCUCUAACAAAUGUGAAAAAGAGAUGAUUGUGCCAGAUGACACAACUUCACUUACCGAGUACCUGUAUAAUGGCCUGGCUGUUCAAGUGCAUCUGUUUUAAGGGGUUUAAUCUACUCCUAAUUAAAUUAGUUCUCUAAAUUAGAAGUAUCAUUUGCCAUGUCUCUACAUAGAUGCUUUUUAUUAAGGUUUUUAUUUUAUUUAUCCUAGUUAUUAAAUUUUAUUAGAUACUUUGUUCUUGUUGUGUUAAAGCCUUUGAGGCUUUCAUUCACAAUGCAUAAAAAAUAUAAUGUUGCUUAUUACUGGUACUUUUCAGUGGAUACAAUUUAAUAACAACUUUGUCUUAUGCUAUAUGUUUCAGACUUAAUGGGAAAUCACUUGGCAAUGGAGUAAUGUGGAUGAUUAGUUAUUAAAUAUGGCAUCCAGUCGUGACUUAGAAACAGAUGCAAGGGGAGAGUCUUAUGUCGAAGCCUUAUUACACCCUGAUCCAUUGCCAACAAGAUCACACUAUGCAGUGUCUGACAAUGAUAGUGGCAUUGCAAGUCUGUCUACUAUUGAAAGUUUACAGACAACAGGAAAUUCAGGAUCUUCAGACACUAUAGCAGCUCAAUUUGAAUAUUUAGAAUAUAUAAACUUCAUGCCAGCAGAAUUACGGCAUGAAUACUUUGAAAUCCUAGUUGUUUGUGCUCCAUCAGAUGAAGAAGAUGCUGAAGCCUUCAAAAAUUAUUUACAAGAUUUAGGAUACAGAGUAGAAAUAUUAGAAAUUGGAACUCUGCGGUCUGACAAAAUGGAACAAGCCUAUCAAAGAGCCAUGUUUUUCUUUUUGUAUGUCACUAAAGAAUUCUGUCAAUGUACUUCAGCUCUUUAUCGUAGCCAUGUUUUUUUGUCAGAAACUCUAAAUGAUGAGAGUAAGAAAUGGAGUGUUGUUCCUGUGCAUACUACAAUGGAUAGAAAUCAAAUAAAACUUGACAUAUUGCUUCGAAAUUUGCAUCCUAUUAGAUAUUAUAAGAAAGAUAAAGAUGUGAAUACUAUUAAAAAGCUUCUGACAGCAAAAAAGAGAGAGAUUGCAGAAAGAGAAUUGAAGUUGCAUCUCGAGAGAGUUAAUUUUUUUAAAGCAAAUAAAUUUUUUCUCUCUAAUUUAAAAGUUUUCUCAGCAGUUCAGACCCUAACUGCAGAGAAAGAGAAACAGGCUAAAAAUUUAUUUUCUGGUGCUGAAUUCUCUAACUUAAAUUUGCAAGACAAUCCUAAACAAAAUACACAAUUGAAAGCUUCUACCACAGUGUGUACACCACAUGAGACCUUAGUAAAGAAAAAUUUGGCUAUGGAUGAUAUAAGUAUUAGAAGUAAUUCAAAUUAUGAUCCAACACAGGCUAAAAUGAAACAUGAAAUAAAUGACCCACUUGGGGUUCAACUCCAGUCAAAACCUUGGGUAGGGGACAUAUAUAAUGAUUUACAGAUAGAUGGACCUGCAUCUCAAAGUAUAAAUUCUCCUACCAUGAAUGCUUCUUCAAGGAGCUCAAAAUCUCCACCUACCAUAAACCCAACCGCUCAAACAGAAAUCCUGCAUCAGACAGAGAGUGGGAAACAUGAGACCCAUAUUCACUACCACAAUAACGUAAAUGUUGAAAAUGUAACAAAUCUUCUAAUUGGGGAUAGUGGCAGCAUUUCUACCCAACAUGCUAAUGAGGAUAACAGCUCUGUCAGUGAUGAUCUGGAUGUAUUGAAGAUCAAUAGAGGAGCAACCAUGAACCCUGAUGGACUAAAUUCUGGAUCUGUUUCUCAUAGGUAAUGCAUUAUUUUCUAUUUAAAAUUGCGUUACCGGUAUUGAUUAUUUCACUCAUUCAGUGUCAUUACAAUUAACUUUAAAUAUAUGUUUGUUUGUUUAAUUACUAGUUCAGUGUUAUGUAGUACUGUAUAGUCUUAUAAUGACAGAUAUAAUUGACAUUUUAAAUCUUAACAAAUAAAAUUUCAACAGAGAAAUGUAUUAAAUUGUUUAAAUACAGAACAUUGAGCCCCCCUCUGAUUCCUUGGGCAUAAAAUUGGAAAUUUGCCCCUGAUUUCUACCAUGAAAUGAGGACUUUCCUCUUCAAAGUUCCGACAAAUUAACCAGUGAUUUAAGACAUUUUUAAGAUCCAAUAGGAAAAGAAGCUAUGAAUUACUAACAGAAAUAAGAGAAAGAAUAUCGCCCGGAAACGGGGCAUACUUCAGUAGUCACAAAAUCCUAAAAAGUAAAAAGGUUACAAAUAAAACCCCCAAAAAACUCUGUAUAAAAAUGUGAUCAGACCAGUUGUAACAUAAGCGAGUGAAACUUGUACCGUAACAGAAAACCUAUUGAACACAUGGGAGAGAAAAGUUCUCUAGAAAAUAUAUAGACCAACAAAGGAUGAAUAUGGAUGGAGAAUACUAACCAACUAGGAAUGUAUAGACUAUAUCAGGGUGCCAUGCUAGUAGAAGAAAUAAAAAAGGGCAGACUAUGCUGGGCGUGACACAGAAAGAAUGUCAAAGAUGCAUGAAGAGGUUGCACCACCAAAACUCCAGAGGAAAGCGGCUUAAAGCCAGAUAAAUAUAUUAUUUGGAAAAAGAUAUACAGCAGCUGGGAUCCAAGAAAGAAAAGCAUCAGUAAGGUCUGAGUGGAAAGAAGUGGUUAGGUAUUCCUAAACCCUAUAUUGGCUGUGGCGCCACAGGGGUGGAUAAUUUUAUAAAUUAGAUAUAUAUACUAGUAACCACCUCUUCAUAUUCUAAAAAUGGCUCCAUCUUACCUAAAAUAGUGCUAAAAAAGAUGCGAGUACAUUUACUUUUAAUAUCCUAGGUACAAAUGGACAAGUGCUUAGUGGUCUUACGCCACAUAUUUCUAAUUUUUUUAUAAUAUGAUAUAAAAUUAUUUCAGAAAGAAGGAAAAAAACAAAACAAAUAUAAAUAAUUCUUGAUGCUUUGAACUGAUUGCACAAUUGUUUUUAAGUAUUGAUAUAGCCUAAAUUCACACAAGUAAUAGAUCAUUAUCAAUGUAAUAUUUGUAACAAAAGAAAAACAGAGAGAGAAACUCAGGAUGUGUUGUUUAACACUGUUACGCACUAACUUGUAUUGGGAGAAAUUAAUCUCCUAUUUUAAUUUUAAUUGGCUCGUUGUAAACAGUGCCUAACAAAGGACAAUACCUUAGAAUCAACAAUAUUAAAGAUACGACCCAAAACAGUUUCUAGUUACAAUUAAUAAGAUUUAUUAAGUCUUAAGAUAAUUACAAAAGAAAAGAAAAUAUAAUUACAAUCUUCAACUUACAGUAUGGUAGAUCUUGUACCGGUACACAGUUAAUACAGUUAGAAUAAUGUGCCAAUGAAUAAUGCGAAGUAAACACAUAUGAGCACACAAAUACACAAAGAAUAAAACACGCCUCGUAAAGUUAAUAAAAUCUAUCUGAAUCUCCGUCUCUUCGUAUCUGUCAAUCCUUUAUAUACAUGUAACGUAAGACGCUUCCAGAAGGACCUAUGACGUGUUGUUUACAUAUCUCGGGUUAAGGAGCACAUUCGAGAAGAUACCCGGAGACAUUCUACCCAAUGUGUAAUUGGAAGCCGAUUGUAAACAAGAUACAUCAAAGAGAUUUAACCACGCCCACAACAGACGUUACUGUCUGCUAGGAGUGUACUGCGAAGUCGAGGAAAGUUCACGCACAGGAAAUUGUGCUACAUAACAAACACCUUGAUAAUAACCAAAGACAUCAUAUAUGUUGGUUACGUAAUAUGAAGCUACUGAAGUUAGGAAAAUGUGUACUGGUACUGUAUUUUGGUUCCAUGAUGUCAUUGUACAGGAUAGCAAGUUUAGAGUCAUGCAUAAUCUUGUUUCUUACAGUUUCACUACAAUCCAAAGGUUCCAUUAAAGCCACCUACAAUUACAUCUAAUGCCUGGAAUCUAAAUAGCAUUUUCUAUAGUCUGAUUAGAUAAUUAAUUACUUUAAAAAAUGCCAUACUCACUCAGAAAUGCAGAUCACCAGUAGCUAAUGAACAUUGAUACUGGGUAUGCCACUUUAUUGGUGCCACCUUAUUACAAAUGAAAAACUACACAAAAAGGUAUAAGUCUUACUAAGAUUUUGUAUUAUUUAGGAAGUUUUAAAAUCUUCUCUGUUGAAUAGUAUUUAUUAUUUAUAUUUACUUCCUAUACCCAAAAAAAACCCCCAAAAAACCAAACUGCCUAUCCCAAAUGUAGUAAGUAGAAUUUUUUUACCAUAAAUAUAGAUCAAAACCAAACGGGACUGACUGCAAUCCUAAUCCAGGUGAGUACAAAAUAAAAAUUUUAAAAAGUUUAAAUUUUUAAUGCAUAACAUUAACUUUAUGCAAGGAUAUCUUUCUUAAUUUCUUUUAACUAAAAGUAAAAUAAAAUGCCUUCCAUCGCUUAUUUUAAAAUCAUCACAUCUUAUUUUUAAAUUAAGAAAUGUAUCAUUUUAACUUUUUUUAAAAUGUCCAAGUUAUUUUUUAUGAUUAGAUUUGCUUACAUUAUAUUGUAUCAUAUCUCAAAUCAGUUAGGUUAACUCAAAGAAACGUGAGAUAUUUAGUCCAUAACAUUGAUAGAUCAGUUUUAAAUAUUUUUUUUAAAUCAGUGAUUUAAUAUCAGUAAUAAUCUAAAACUGCUGAAUAUUAUUUCUUAUUUAAAAUGGUAUGCAUUAUUGUUAUUGUUUUAAUAAUAACAAAAACAUUGUUUACAGAGAAAGUAUUUAUUGGAGUGUUUUGGGAUGUGCAAAAUUGUCCUGUACCCAAAAAUAAAUCUGCUGCUGAUAUAAUCAAGCUCAUAAGGGCAAAGUUCAUUUUAGUGGACCCCAAUUAUAAAGAAAAAUGUUUCUAUUGCAUAACGGAUGUUACAAAAGAGCAUGUAAAGACACUACAGGCAAUCAAUAAUAGUGGGGUAUGUAACAAGUUCAUUCUUGAUUUUUUAAUGAAAUAAUUAUCACUAUUUCUCCAUCAAAUAAAUUUUUAUAAAAAUCAAAAUUAUCACCAUUAUUUUUGGCAUGAUGUCAGGAAAUCCUUAAGUGGUUUAAGACUAUUGUUUAUGUCUAUGUGUCAGAAUCUGCAUUUUUACUUUCAGAUAGGUCAAUGGCUAUCUGUAAGAUUUCUGUCCCAUUUAAGUGUAAUCCACUGCAUGACUUUGUGCUAAAUUAAACAUUUUUGAGCAUUUAACCCAUUCAGUCAUAAAAUUAGAUUAAUACUAGUGGUAAUUAAAGCAAACAAAAAGAACCACUAAAAUAUUUCCAGCCAUCUCUUACAUUAAAGGUCAUGUCCUUUAUAGUUAAAAUAUUGUUACAUUAUUUAUCUUUCGUUUCAAAGGCUUCUAACUGAAAAUUCCUUUUUAUUGUCCCUGUCUUUUUACUUCAAACCUAAAUAUAUCUUGUUCCACAAUUUCCUACACACGACUUGAACGCAAUCUCUCAUAUAUUAUCCAUUUUGCUUUGUAUAAUUAUGUUGUGCUAUCAAAUGAUUUAUUUUCUUUUUUUUAUCAACCUGCCCCCAUUAUCCCUCCUUUUAGGUCGACUUGUUACACAUAUGUUCAGACAAAGAUAAUUCCUCUGACUUUAAAAUAAUACAAAAGAUGGAAGAUUUCUCCAGAGAUGUAGGAGCUGCAGAAGCCAAUGUUAUUCUUAUAACAAGUAUGAAAUAUCUUUUUUAAAAUCGUGGUUAUUUUCUGAUUGAAGUAUUUAAAGGUUGUGGUAAAUUUAGAUAAAAGUGGCUGUGGUUUUCAAGUGCAAUUUUGAUGUCACUGUUUGACUGGAAUUGUUAUUUUUUAAUAAGAUUAAAAUCUUCUGGUUUUUUUUUUUACAUUUAAAAUUUAAAAAAAAAAUUAUUGUACACUUUGAACAUGACAGCAUGGUUGCAUACAAAAGAAAAAAAUGUCUCAAAAUAUUUUGGAUAAAACCAUUUUAAUAGCAAAAGGAGAAAUUAAAAAUAUCUGUUUUAGUAUUUUUUAGCAUUGAAAAAUAUAUACUGAUAAUAGUGCCAAGCGCAAUUAUUGUUUACAGGCGAUGUAGACUUUGGCAUUAAAUUAGCUGAUCUCAAAAAGAAGAGAUACCACAUCAUCCUUUUACACAAUCGAAACAUCAAACCAGAGUUACUGCAUUCAGUUGAUGAAAACUACAGUUAUGAAGACCUAAUUAAAGAACUUCCCGAUAAACAUGAGAUAUUAGUAAGUACUAAGUCCUAAUUGUUUUUCCUUAUAUUUCAUACUGGUGUACACAUUAUUGAAGUACAUAAUAACUGAAUUUUAAAUUUAUAAAACUGUUAAGUUCUGGAAGACUUGAUUUCUUAUACAAUUUUGUGAUGAUUAAUACCGUAAGAUCCUAUGGGAUGAGGAAAAACAAUAAGCAGUUGUGUAUUAAUGGAUGAGACAAAAAAAAUUAGCCCAUGAGGACAGGGCCCUGAGUGAUCUACUUGUUAGCCAUGGCCUCUGCACAGUCUUGCAAGGGAUAUUGGUUGGGCUAAAUGGUACUACUAGUACUGAGUACUAUUGUUAGAGUGAUGUGUAAGGAGUUUUGAAACAUACAAGGCAACAUGAAAAUGAUUCCUACAAACUAAUGCAUGAUAUUUUUACAGCAUUAUAAAUUAUAGGUCUAAAUUUGUGGUUUAUGGACUGUCAGAAUGUCUGGAAAAUUAUUUCAAAAUUUGUGAAUAAAUAUACUUACUUUCUGCCGAUGACCCCCCCCCCCUCUCCCCCCAAGCAAUACAUAAUCAAAAUCUCCAGAAUAAUUGAUGACCCCCUUAAUACGUAAAAUCUAUAUGGAUGGCCACAAAUGCACAUUUUAUUUCCUUUGAAUCCUAUUAUGACACAGAUUACAUAAUUUUAAUAUCAAUUGUAAAAUGUGACUGCAUUAUCUGAGUAAAACAAAUACAGUUUAGAAGUUGAUAAUUUGGAGAGUUAACAAAUCCUGAUUGCUUAAUGAGAAGAAAAAUAUUAUUCGGCACAAAUAUCUUAAGGUUAUUUAAAGUGAACUUAUUUGCAUCUCUAUAAAAUACUAAAAAAAUAAUAAAAACCCUGGUCGUAGGUGCUGCCAUGACUGACUUUCCACAAACCUAGUGGUAAACCAUGACCUCAAUAAUUAAUAAACAUGAUUUUAUAUGAAUUUAAAAAUCUGGAUAAGUUGACAAUCUGGAGAGUGAGGAAACAAUAAUUAGUCCAGAUUAUUGACAUUAUACUGUAUAUUCUUUUUAUAUAAAAACAUUGCACUGAUAGUGAGAAAUAGUGUUUUUUAAGUUAGGUAUUGAAAAGAAUUUGAAACAAAUGAUUGAAAAUGUAUAUAUUUCUUUUUAAUCAGUUAUUUUUAAAAAAAUGUUCUAUCUGCUUGUCCAGGUAAGUGUCGCAGGGAGGGAAUCUAUUGGUUCUUCCGCCUUUUUUUAUUUAAUUUUAAUUUUACCACUUUGUUUCCGUUGCCGACUUGAGGCUUGCAAUCAGAGUUUUCCUUUUCCUAUUUAAAGUCAGGGAUGAUUAAAUUAGCAUGUCAAGUGCUUUUAAAGAAUUGCUGAAAUUUCAUUAUGAUAUUUUAAUGUUUAAUAAAUGAAGUAGCAAAUCUUAGGGUUCUAGUUUACUUGGUCUAAAUAAGCCGCUGUUAGAUAGAUCUAUAGGGUCUAUAAAUUUUAUCCAUUGUCUUUUUUUUUUUCAGUUGGAAAAUGAACCAUUUCUAAUUGUCCAUGGUUACCAACCAUUAGCUGGAGAGAAAGCCAAAAAUUUUAUCAAUAUUUUGGAAUCAUUCUUUAGUAUGUGGAAAGGAAAAGUUGUUAAUCAGCGGGGUACAAAGUUUGGUAUACUGAAGUUUGAAAGCUUUGAACUAGCCAAAAGGUAAAAUUGUAUUUUAUAGACAACUACUUUUUUUAAUGUUUUGAACAAAAUAGAUUUUUAUUGCACAUUUAAGAAAUUAGAAGAAUUAAUAUUAAUUUUGUAGCCUCUCUCAUUUCCUACACAUUUUUGGUACAGUAACUAGUAAAAGCAUUGACAUACAAAUGAAGCUGGUAGUAAAAUAGGAGUGAAAGGAAUCGAUCACAUUGAUGUUGUUCACUUGUUACUGUUAACUUUAAUUAUUCUUUCAUCUAGAUGCCACAGGUUAUUAUUAAAAUUAUUCUGAAAAAAUAUUGGUAAGCAAAAGAAGGCCUAUUUAUGGUAUUAUUUAUUAUUUUAUGUGAAUCUCCCCUGCCUUUCCUACUCAUAGGGCUAGUGGCCCUACUGUAGACACCAACUGCUGAAUUAGUCCAUUUUUUAAUAGUAUAUGUGGUUGCCAGGCUCAUUCAGUGUCAUUCAUAAUUAGUGUUUUUACUAGUAUUGUUAUAAAAUAAACUAUGCCUACAUUAUUUAUAUUUUACAAAAAAAAGUUAAUUACAUUUACAACAGGGUUUCCCAACUUUUGUUUAUAUUCCACUGCCUACACAUUGAUUACUGUAACUGUAAUAUUUAUCUUAUGGAAUCAAAGUAACUUUAUUUAACUGUUAGGCCUUGAUUUAUCGGGAGGAAGUAUAUUUUUUAUUACAUUUGAUUUGUCAUUUUAUUUCAAAUUCUGGUUUAUAUAUAUCUAAGAAAGCCAUUUUAAAAUUUAUUGUUCGAAUAAAUUUCCCCUUUGUUUUUCAGUGCUAAGGAGAAAACAAAUGGGACAGACCCCUUUGAAGAAAAUAAUAAGAUCAUUGUUUGCUUCAUAGAGAGUGCUCCAGAUGAAAUUAGAAGAAGUGUUGACAGUAAGUUUAAUAUUAAUUUUAACAACCCAUAAAUAUGCUUUAUAAAAUUUACUAUCUAGUAUUGGGGGGGUGGGGCUAAAAAUGACUAAACAUGCUUUAAAGUAAGGCACAUACUGAUUUUUUGGGGGAAUGGCUGAAAAUUCGAUAGAGUGUGUUGUCAUGGUCAACAAAUCUAUGAGCCAAGUUUCAGCUUGAUAGGUUGAUGGGCAGUGGGUAAAUUAGCUGUCACCCAAUUUGCAACUCACCCAGUCAGAAAGAACCACCCGAAAAAAAGGCUAAGUUAAUAUAAAAGAAUAUAAAAAUGGAAUCUCUUAAUAUACAUAAAGUUUCCUUUUACUCCUGGAUGAACCAAUAUUUUAAUAUGUCAAGCAGCAGAAUUUUUUAUUCAAGACCGCUAAAUAGUGUGCUACUGCUUAGUUAUUUUACAGAAUUAUAUUAUUUCCAUUCAGUGUGAAUGUAACAUUAGGCACAAUUUUAUUAAAAUUUUCUGUGUAUUUUUUUUCUGUCAUUCUCAGAAGUAAUAGAAAAUAUUUAACAGAAUAGAGUUAAUAUUUUUAGUCUAACUCGGUUAUGUUUUUAUGUUGUCUUUUUAAUUCUUGAAGUAAGUUUUUAUGUAGGUGCAGGUUUUCAGAAAAUGUUGGUUAUAAAAAAUUUUUGUAUACCCUUACACAGUUUGACCAGUGUAGGGACUUUAGGUGCAUCAUAGGGCUUUAUCCCUUAAGAAGGAUGGUUUGUGAGAAUGGAGAAUCAGGUGGGGAUAAGAUGGGAGAUGGUAUGAUUUGGGAAAUGUUUGGGGUGAAAUUGUAGGUCUGGGAGAUUGUGAGAAUGGUCUGGACCAAUCCAGUUUGAGUGGGAGGGGGGCAUCAAUAAUGGCUUUCAAAACAAUGGGGUGGUGGGUUGUCUACAGUUUGCCAAAUCAUAUAUAUAUUAUUAUUAUUAUAAGUGGUUUUAUAUAGCGUGGUACCCCAGCCUAGGGCUGGGCUCACCACGCUGUACAUACAAUUUAACAAACAUAAUAAAAAAACUUAAAAAAUUAAUUGACAUACAUUAAUUAAAUAAAACAAAACCAUGUUACAUGUCAAGCCAUGGACAACAUCGUUUUUCGGUCAGAGGUGGGAAUCAGUCAGGAUGGUAGACUUUAAAAAGAUUUGUUUUGAGUUCAGAUUUGAAGGCUGUGAUGGUUGGUAUAUUGCGGAUGUGUAAUGAAAGAGAAUUCCAUUGUUUGGGGGCACAGAAAGAGAACGAUCGUUCACUGUAUGUUUUUGUGCGAGUCUUGGGAACAGAAAGAAUAUGUGCAUCUGCGGAGGAGCGAAGCUGUCGAAGGGAUUAAUAGACAGAGAGAAGUUCGGUUAGAUAAGAAGGGGAGGAAUUUGAGAGAAAGUUAUAUAUAUAAAAGUGAAUUUUUGUGGGUUUGUGCCAUAUACGUUUUACAUGGAUUGAUGGAUGUAGACCAAAUUCGGCACAUAUAUCCAUCAUUAUCCAGAAUCAAAUACUAGUGGGUUAUGAAUUUUUUAUAACAUUCCUUUUAGGUCUGGGGGCCAAAAUGUUGUUUUUUCUUAUUUAAGUUAUUUAAAUAAAAUAAACAACAAAUACUCCUACAAGAAUAGAUGGAUCUUGACCAAACGUAGUAUAUAUACACUUGAUUAUCUAUAUUCAAAUACCGAAGGGUACUGAACUCAUAAUAUCCAUCCCUCUGGUGGCCCCCUUCAUUUUUUCUUUUACAAGCUCUAUAAAUAUCAAUAAGCUUAGACAGCACUCUAGGUUCUAUUUGAAUUGAUGGAUAUAUGCCUAGCAUGGUUGCAAAACACUUCAUUGUCCGUAUUGACAUAUCGGUGGAUUUAAAAGUAAGAAUAUCCAAUCUUGAAUUUUCCAGAAAGUUCGAUUACCGGCAUUUUUAUUUAUGGCAUUUUCAAACCGAUUGUAAUCGGACAAAUUUUAAAUUUUAACUCCAUAAUUGAUCUGAAUGAUUUUUAAGGGGUUUCCCAUCUCAGGCAAAACUGAUACGGUAAAAUUAUGGAAUGGGUACCCACUGGGCCCGCUCUAUUAGCUUAAAUGUAUCAAAGCUAUGGCUAUAGCAGUGCAUUUAGUUGUAUAAUUUUUCGAGUUAAAAAAAUAAUUACCUAGACUUAAAAUAUUAUUGUUUACACUUUUCGAGGAGGUUAUUAAAUUAAUCUAGAAUGUUCCAGAAAUUUCUAUAUAGUUCUACAGGAAUAUAUAAGGGGAUAUAAAGCUUAAAGUAACGAGAUCCUGCAGUAAAUUGAACCCAGCGGUAACACGAUCCAAUCAGGUAACAGGAUCAAACCCGGAUCUGGAUUCUAUCAGGAAAUGGGAUCCUAUUAGAGAAGAGGCUCCCACCAGGAAACGAUCCUAAUGGGAUCAGCAACCUAACGGGAUCAAAAUCCCAUCAAUUUUACCGGGUGGAUAUCCCACCGGGAUUCAGAAUUAGGAACAGAUCGGGAUACUAACGGGAUAGGGAUCCACUGGGAUCAGAAUCCUAUUGGGAAACUAGCCUACUGGGAUCAGGAUCCCACCAGAAUUGGUAUCCAAUCAUGAUUGGGAACCCACCGGGAUCGGUAUCCAAUCAAGAAUGGGAUACCACCGGGAUCAGUAUCCAAUCAAGAACGGGAUACCACCGGGAUAAGGAUACCACCAGGAUUGGGAUCCCACCAGGAUCAGGAUUUAAACAAGAUCGGGAUCCCACAGGGUUUGGGAUCAAACUGGGAUGGGUUCCCAACAGGGUCGGGAUGCAAUCACGGGCCACACCGGGUAUAUUGGCUAGUUAUGAAUAAGUUUGUAUUUCUGGAAAUAUAAUGGACAUAUUUCUAAGCUACCUACAGUUUAAAAUGAAUGAAAAGAAAAAUCACUUUUUGUGUAUUCACUGUUGUAGCUUUUGGUAUGUUUUAUCUUAUUUAUAUUUGUUCAUGUUCCCUUGUUCAAAAACUUGUUUGGGUAGGCUAGUGAGACAGGUACCACAAAUUUUAAUGUCUUUUAUAAUUAUUAAUCAGAAAUAUUAAAGCAAAACCCUGGCAAAAAUAAAACUGGAGGCAGAAAUCAAAGUGGUGAAAGGCCUCUCACACCACCGAAUUCUGGUAGGAUAGCUGAAAUUCAUGAAAUGGGGUCAGGUUUGUAGGUAAGUACUAUUUCAGAUCUGUAACGCUGAAUGAACAAAAGAUAUUUUUUUUCUGUUUGAAUAAAAAAUGACAGUAUUAAAUAGCAUUCACAGUUUUGGGUAUGUUCUGUAUUAAUUAUCUCAUAACUUCACAGAUAAUAAAAUAUAAAUGUAUAAACAUUCAUAUCUUAAGGUACUUCGUGUUAUCAACUUACCCUAUAUUUAUCAUGUCAUGGCACUUUGAAUUCAAGGACAUAAUAUAAUUAAUACAAUAAUUUGAUGGUGAGUGAGGAUAUAGAUAUAUUAUAUUUACUUAAACUUCAAGAGUAAGCAGAAAUAUUUACUAUUAUAAUUUGUUUAUGAAGGAAUAAAGAAAUUUUUUAAUCCUUUAACAUGUAAAUUUAAAUUCUUCUUUUAAUAUUUAAAACAUUACUUAUACUACCUCAUAAACAAUUUAAUGCAAAAAAGCAACCUCAUAAAAAACAGGUUAUCAUCAUAGGAGAAGAACUGACAUUUCCUAAUACAUGUUGGCCAGUAAGGAUUGAGAGGUUCACAAGGAUUAACACUUAUUAACAGGAGACAGCCUAAUAAAAAAAUGUAGAGGAUUUGUGACUUAUUGGUUUAUUUAGCAUUCAUUUGAUAUAAAUUUGGUGAUAUGAAAUAAACUGUUAUGUUUGUAGGAGCUUGAAUUGUGUCGUCUGAUUUGGCUUUGUAACUCCUUGUAAAUGUUUUAAUGUAACAAAAUAUUUCUCUUUUUGUCCAUUGCCUAAAAUGGCAAAAACAUAAAUUCUUACAAAUUUUUAAGUGUGAUGAAGAAAGAGUUGAUGUUUUUACUUUGGGUUUGAUUAUUAAAAGUACCGGUACAGAAAACUUUGAUGGUACAGGUAUGGCCUUAUACAACUUUUGAGCUUUGGCUGCAAGCACCACCAGUUUCUACCACACAAGUUGCAAGGACUAGAUUAAAAAAGAUGUAGAUUUUUUUAUUUUUUUUAAAUCAAUGUUACUUUUAGCAGCUGUCUAAAGUAAACA